UUUGCUUAAGCCCAAGCCCAUUCUUUGAAAUUUCUCAUCUCCAAAACGCCGUCGUUUCAAUCCUCCGAGCCCUAAUUCCCCUCUCCAGACCCUUCUUCUUCUUCGAUCCACACUGUAAUUCGUCUGACAGAAAACACUAAGAACACACCUGCAGCAGAGAAUUAAACAUGGACAUAGCCGAGCAAACCAUAAAUUUAUUCGGAGAAUCCGACGAGGAGGCGGAGGCGGAGGAGGAAAGCAGCAAGAAGAACAAUUACACCAACGGCGAUGGCGAGGAAGAAGAGCAGCAACAAGAUAAAGAGCCGCAGUCGUCAUCUUCGCCGUCGUCUUCCUCCUCAUCCUCCGGCCAUUCCUCCGGUUCGUCGUCUACUUCCUCCUCGUCCAAUCGCAGCAGCAGCAGCAACAACAACAGCGAAGAGGACAAUGACGUGAGGCCUUCUUCACACGGUAACCGCACUUACAAUUACAACGAUGAGGGCAACAGUCACUAUUCGGAGAACGACGACGAGGCGGCGGAGGAGAAUGACGAUAGGGGAGAUCUUUUUGGCUCUGAUAAUGACGAUUAUGUCAAAACACCUGCCGCCAGUACUCACCCUAUACCAGUUCUGCCCCCACUGCGCAAUACAAACAAUCAGCCAAGAGGGGGUUUUGGGCGUGGGCGGUGGCAGAAUGAUAGAGGGCGUGGUCUGCUUCCCCGCCCUGGAUCUUAUCAACAAAGGCAAAACUAUGGUUAUGGUAAUAACUUCUACAAUGGGCAUCGUGAUGAACGUUUUGUUUCUGAGUUGAAAUUCUCAAAGAGUGAGGAAACAUUAGCCAGAAAAUCCAUUGCUUUUCAAGAGCCAUGUGAACUUGCUUGCUACAGUCGUGUAGAAGGUGGGGAUGUCUACUUUGAUGAUCGUGGUGUGAGGCUGUUUAAGCGGCUCAUAACUGAAGAUAUUGGAAGCGACCUCAAUGAGGGUUUUAAUACUUUCAUUCCCAAGAAAGAACUGGGCUCUGACGGCUUUGGUGACCUUCUUGCUGCAAUUAGAAACAAAAAUAUACCCCUUCAAAACAUGCACUUUGUGACGUAUCGUAACAACCUUAACAAGAUUAUGGCUACUGCUUAUAUGAGGCAUGAGCCUUGGGAAAUGGGUGUGCAUAAAAGGAAUGGAGUAGUCUAUCUCGAUGUGCAUAAAUUGCCGGAAAGGCCCCAAAAUGAACUCGAUAAACGAAGGUGUUAUUGGGGCUAUGCGUUCGAGGCUCUGGCGACAGAAGAUCCAACAAGAGCUGAUGGAGAAGGGAUACAUCACGUUGAUGCUAAUGUCGAAUAUUGUGCUGUGAUUAAAACCAAAUUAGGAGCUCAUCGGAUACUCAUGGGUGCUGAAAUGGAUUGCUGCGAUUCAACCGACGAGGGCAGGAGAUUCUAUGUGGAACUAAAAACAAGUCGUGAGUUAGAUUAUCACACUGAAGAAAGAUACGAGAGGGAGAAAUUGCUUAAGUUCUGGAUCCAAUCAUUCCUUGCUGGUGUACCUUAUAUUGUGAUCGGGUACAGAGAUGAUGCCGGCGUACUUGUCCGUACAGAAAGAUUAAGAACCAAGGACAUAACACACAGAGUCAAGAUGAAAAAUUAUUGGCAGGGAGGAGUGUGCUUGGCGUUUGCUGACGAGGUCUUGUGCUGGCUUUACGGGACAGUCAAAGAGAAUGAAGACUAUGUAUUACAGUUUGCGCCGCCUUUCUCACGAUUGGAACUCCUUCAAGCUCAUUCCUGCCCCGAUGUGAUAAAGCAGCAUGUUGAACAAUUAUAGCCACACUCAGUAACAACUUACCUUCGUGCAGAUGAAGCUUGUACUAGAUAAGUUAGGCAUCACGGUCGUUCGGGGAUUUUCAACUGGAAGUUUCCUAACUAUUUAAAUCUAAGAAUUCGAUCUAUGCUACAAUUAUAAAAAAGAAAAAAAAAAAGUAUUGCUCACAUAGAUAUAUGACUGUAGUUACGUUAUGCUGACUGCAGCAUGUCUUACCGAUGUAAUACUUAAUAGCGAAAGUAUUGCGAGUCUCAAUUUUUUUUAUGGUUUUCAACGUAUUUCAGAUUUGAUAGUUACUGUUGUCACUUACGGUAAUCUGUAGAUUAAUUAAUGGGAAGAAUUAGUUCUAAA